GACUUUUCGCUUGAAUCAUGGAUCAUUCAUAACGUAGUAAAUGAUAGAAAAAGCAGUGAUGUUUUCUGUUGGAGUAAUGUAAGAAUUUUUUCUGCCAAAUUGCUAGGCAUAAUUGUACAA